AGAACACCUGUUUUCACAGCUAGGACUUCCCAGUAAUCUUUGAAUUCGUUUGUACUGUGCUAUUGUUGCCCACUUGCGUAUCAUAACUGUUCCUCUGUCCAUUUCCUGCUGAAAAAACAAUGGCCAAGUCCAAGUCUUCUAAGGCCCCCAUUCAAAAGGCCACUGUGUCUGUUGAUGAUCCCAUUGAUGAUUUAUCAUUUUCCAAUGGGCCUUCAAGACCCUUUCUCAACACCACUCCUUCCUUAGAUGUUGUAAAAGCCAGAAAGUUGUUGCCAAAAGAGUACCUUUUGUUGGCAUCGUUGGUGGUGUUUGCUGUGAAUAUCAGAUUGGCAGAUUUAGCUUUUCCUAACUCGGUCGUCUUCGAUGAAGUUCAUUUUGGAGGGUUUUCCAAGAAGUACAUUUUGGGAACAUACUUUAUGGAUGUCCAUCCUCCCUUGGCCAAGAUGCUUUUUGCGGCAGUAGCAUUGGUUGGCGGUUUCAAGGGUGAUUUCUCCUUUGAAAAAAUCGGUAAUGAAUACCCUGAAGGUGUCCCAUUCCAACUUAUGAGAAUCUUCCCAGCGCUUUUAGGUAUCGGAACUGUGUUAUUGUGCUACUUGACUUUACGUGCUGGCGGCUGUAGACCCACUGUGUGUUUUAUCACCAGUGGGUUGUUGAUUAUUGAGAAUGCCAAUGUUACCAUCUCCAGGUACAUUUUAUUGGACUCGCCAUUGAUAUUUUUCAUUGCGGCUGCCGUGUACUCAUACAAGAGAUUUGAGAACCUGGUUCCAUUUACUUUUACCUGGUACAAGAGCUUGAUCGCGUGUGGUAUUGCCUUGGGGCUUUCGUUGAGUUCCAAAUGGGUUGGUUUGUUCACGAUUUCCUGGGUCGGAGUAUGCUGCUUGUUGCAAUUGUGGUUCAUCAUCGGUGACUUAUCGGUGAGACCUAAAACAAUUCUCAGUCACUUUGCAAUCCGUGGUGCUGUGUUGUUGGGAAUUCCACUUGCCUUGUACAUCACCUUUUUCUAUAUCCACUUCAAUUUGUUGCCUAACGAAGGCGAUGGGGCUGCUUUCAUGUCAAGUGCUUUUAGAACUACUUUGAAUGGAAACACCAUUCCUCGUGACAUUGAGGCUCAUGUCGGAUUGGGUUCAAUCGUCACUAUACGUCACGUGGAAACUCAAGCUGGUUACUUACACUCUCACAACCAUUUCUAUCCAGCUGGUUCCAAGCAACAACAAAUCACUUUGUACCCACACUUGGAUUCCAACAACAAAUGGGUAAUUGAACACUAUAACAGAACGACCACCGAAGAAUUCGAACCACUUCAUGAUGGUAUGAAGAUUAGAUUGAAGCACCUCAACACUGGAAAGAGAUUACACUCACAUGACGAAAAGCCUCCAGUCAGUGAAAGAGACUGGCAAAAGGAAGUUAGUUGUUAUGGUUAUGAAGGAUUUGCAGGUGAUGCCAAUGAUGAUUGGAUCGUUGAAGUAAUUCAAAAGAGCACCAAAGAUAUUCCUUCCAAAUACUACGUUAAAGCCUUAACAACCGUUUUCAGAUUGAAGCAUGCCAUGUCCGGUAACUAUCUAUUUGCUGCUUCUGCCAAGUUACCUAGUUGGGGAUUUGAACAACAAGAAGUUACUGCUGCUGGCCUGGGAUCUAGACCUUUGACAUUUUUCCACAUCGAGACCAACGAAAACUAUCGGGUACCUUCCAACCACUCGCUCAUCGUGAACUACGCAGAACCUUCGUUCUUGGAAAAGUUUGUUGAAGUUCACAAAAGAAUGUGGAAGAUAAAUGCAGGGUUGACCGAUCACCACCCAUGGCAAUCAAGUCCUCAUGAAUGGCCUUUGUUGUUGAGAGGAAUUAACUAUUGGGUCAAAGACUCCAAGCAUGUGUACUUCUUUGGAAAUCCUGCUAUUUGGUGGGCUUCUUCUUUAUCAUUGUUGACUUUCGCUGUGUAUGUGACUGUUCAGAUUGUAAGAUGGCAAGCGGCUAAAGUUGUGGUCGAUGAGAAGCAUGUUUUCAAUUUCAACUACCAAGUGCUCACCUACUUUUUGGGAUGGUUCCUUCACUACUUCCCAUUCUUUAUUAUGGGAAGACAAUUGUUUUUACACCACUACUUGCCAGCGUUAUACUUUGGUAUUUUGACGACUGCUCACUUCUUGGACAUUGCACUCAGUUACUUUGCCACUCAUUCCACCGGAGUGAAGUACGUUGUUUUCGGGAUUUUUGGUGCAUAUAUGGCUAUCAGCACCUACUUCUACAUCAACUACUCUCCUUUAAUUUACGGGCAGAAAUGGACUAAGUCUCGUUGUGAAGCUGCCAAGUUGGUGGGAACCUGGGACUUUGACUGUAACAGCUACCCCAAUAACUUGAGUGAGUACAACUUCAAUACUCAAACCAAGACCUCCAAGGCUGAUGCCUUGCCCAAUGAUAAUAUUGAGCCCAAUGAACCUAAAGAGACUCCUCUUGAGGUUGUGAAGAGGGCGAUUUCGGAAGAAUCGUCUUCUCAAAAGGCCCCGGAAGCAAACAGCGAGAAAAAUAAUGAAGAAGAGCCUCUUGCCCCUCCAGAAGCCGACCCGGAAACCAAUUAGUUUAGUUCCACUGUCUGACACUUGUUUAGAAUAUACGCUCCCUUUUCAUGAUGC